UUGAGAAUUUUAGAGGAAAAUGGUGCAAAAUUGGAGCUAAUUGGAGUUUCUGAGAAAGAGACGAAAUAGUCAAUGCGGGUCAACCGUAGUCAACGCUAUCAAAGGAGCGGAAUCCAAUUGCCUCCGAUAAUAUAUGUGGAAAUGCAUUGAGACAGAAGAAGAAGGAGAAAAGAAAAAUAAAAAUAAAAGAAGCAAAAAAAGUGUUAAUUAAACAAAUGUUUAAUUAACAAUGGUGGCCGGGCACGUGAAGAAGCAAAGAGAAUCAACAACAUGAUGAUUAAUUAAACCAUAAAUUAAUCAAUGGUUUGAUUAAUCAUGAUUGAGCCUAAUCCAUUCUACCUCACAGACCACCACGUGGCAUUUAAUUCAAAAAGAAGAACAGCCACGAUUCCGUUUCUUCUCCCUCUGGCAAUCAUCCAUCCAUCCAUUUACUCACACUACUCUCCUUCCUUUACGAAGACCCAGACAGCCACCACAUAUAUAUAUAUAUCCUCAUAUCUCAUCUUCGGAAGAGAGAACCCUACAGAAGACAGAAGAGCGCCGCACAACCAUUUCCAAAAGGGGAGGGCUGCUGCCCUCUCCCAUCAAUCACCUUCCCAUCAUCUUUUCUUUAUUAUUUUCUUAGUAAUCUUUUGGGAUUUGAAGGAUUUACUCACCCAAAGCUUCAAGGAUUCAUCAAAGAUUUCUCCUCUACAAGAUUCAAGACUUGGGUGCUUAUUUUCUUAUCAUAUUGAGCUAUGGAUCGAUGGAACUAUGGAUGAGACGAUCCGAGGGGAUAUGAGCAAGAAAGUUUCUAUGGUGGAGGUCAUCAAGUGUGGAAUUCUCAUGCGGUUGGUUCUAUGUCCUCUUGCAAUGAAACUUGUGCUUUGUGUAAUUCUCCAUGGCAUUCACGUUUUGAGUGCUCUUUGAGAUUUGAAUGCCCAAAUUUUAAUCAAGAGCGUGAGUACAUUUAUCAAGAGACAUUUGUACCCGACGCAUAUCCACAAGAUGAAGCUCAUGAGCCUAGUAAGGAAUUCGUUGAAUGACUACUAGCUCAAUUGCAAGCCUCCCAAGCUAGGAUUUCACAAGAAACCAUGGUUCCCCAAGCAUAUCCUCAUGAGCAAGCAUAUGAGUCUAGGAAGCCUUCCCUUGAAGAAUUACUAGCUCAAUUGCAAGCCUCUCAAGCUCUAUUGCAAGCCUCCCAAGCUUGAUUGCAAGCUUCUCAAGAGAUGCUUAUACAUUCCAAUGAGCAACUUGAGACUAGUCUUGCACAAGAGCCACCUUUCACCAUUUAUGAGCAUGAGUCUUUCUUUGACCAAGAGACUAUUUCAAGAGAAGAAGUACAUGUCAAGCAUCUUGAGCAAGAGUCUUUUAUGCAAGUUGAAAAUAAUGAUGGUGAUGUUGACGUACAAGAAAUUGAGCUUGGUUAUGAAAGUUUCAAUGCAAGUGAGGUGAGAGACUACACUUCGGAGGAAUGGGUGCAAUAUUGGAAAUCUAAGCUUCCAAAUGGAGUAGAGAUAGUUGAAGAUGAUUCCGAAGAAGAGGAUAACUUGUUUAGUGAGGAGGAUGUGGAGCAUGAAGACUUACACCAUAUUCCCUUAAUUGUUGAGGCCGAUAUUUCCAACGAGGAAGAAAGUCCUUCAAUACCUUGUGAUGAUGAAGAAAUUGAAGAGCCAAGGACUUUCUCUCCUCCCACAUCCAAAGAGUUCCAUCAUGAGCUUCCCAAGGUGGAGAGUAAAACAUUGAGCACUUAUGUUCUUAAUGAGAGGGUUGAGAUUAAGGUACUUUUACCACUCAAUCCACCAUUAAGUGGCCAAUGUUUCUACAAUGAGGUGAUGGAUUGGAAAGGAAAUGGAGCACUUGCACUCACCCUUUCCCAUCACUCUCAAGAGCUUCUACCACCUAUUGUUUCUAUGGGCAUCAUUUCUACACCACUUGAGAAGGAGAAGGCAAGGAUAGCUCCUAGAAGAAAAAUUGAGAAGAAGAGGAAGAUUAAGAAGCUAUACUUUUGGCCAUCAAAUGGAGUAUUCUUAUGUAGCUCUUGGUCUUGUCUCUAUGAUACAUUAAAGAGUCCCUUAGCCCCAAACAAUAGGGUGGUCGUACUUGAGAAGUAUCCACCUUGACAAAAAUUACAAUCUAUAGACCGGCUUGGGGUCUUUAAAAACAAGCGCUUCUAGGGAGGCAACCCUAGGUGGUUUUGAAAUUUCCUGGUUUAUUUUUCAUCAAUAAGGCUAUUUGGCCAUCUUUUUGGGUGGAUGGGAGGUGUCCGGAGUUGGAAAUGUGAAGGAGAAUUAAUUUGGUAGUGAGCAGUUUCUGUCCUGAAAUUCAGUUGAAUUUGGGUGACUAUAGAUUCCAUUCUAUAUGCUAUUUUCAGCUGAAAUUUUUUGGAGCUAUUCUUCUAUAUGUCUACUGUCUUGUGCCAAAAUUUGAACCACUUUCAGUCCUUGGAGCUCUAUUUAUUUAAUGGUCAAUGCAUGAAGUUCAGAACAGAGGCAACUACUGUAGAGUGACUUUGGGAAGCUACACCUUCUACAUCCUAAGCAAUUUGGAGCUAAAAAUUUUCAGAGAUGUAUUUUCUCAUGUCCUCUAUAUGCAGAAGAAACAGUUUUUGAUUUGAACCUUCUUAGCUUCAGAUAUAGUGUUCCAAGUAACAGAGGUCAGAAACAGGGCACAGCAGAAACUGCAGAACAGAUCAGUGAGUUUGGAGGCCAACGAUGUUUGACUCAGAUAUGAUACUUUCGUGAAAUUUUACCUUCAGAUAUAUUCAUGAGUCUAAUUUCGUAUCCAGUUGGUCUCACCCUCUUUGCACCUCUGGAGCUUCAGAUAUUACAGUUUUGGUGACUGAGGGUCAGAAGAAAACUUCAUGACAGAUUGGCAAGUUUGACCAGCUUUACUUUUCAUUUCAAUUGGUGAUAGGUGGCUAACUUUAUAUGGAUAGAAAACUCUCUGAGUCUACUUUCCAUUUCAAGUGGCCUCACCUGAUUAUCACUUUCUGAGUAUGAGAUAUGGGCAUUUGAAGACAGAAAGGUCAUUGCUGGAAGUUUUCUGCACUCACUAGUUUGUGUUCACUCGGGGUGGUUGGACUUCUUGCACUUCAAUUCUUCAAUGGAGGUCAUUAUAGGGCUGUUGUGAGGUGUUUUGGAGGUGGUCAAGGCCAUAUGCUUAAUGGAGGACCUUGUCCUUAUUCUUUGGUGGCCUAUUUGUGACGCAUUGCUCAAGGACAUUUAUGUUCCAAAUGGAGUCGAUCUUUUCAUGAGCACCUAGAGCUAGCUUGGAGCAUACGUUAAGGAAGUCAAGGCCUUGUGCCUUGAGGUUGGUGUCUCAUAUUGGUCUUCUCCAAGGGUCGUGAGCAAUGGGUGUCUACAAAGGGGGUUUUCUGUAUCUUUUCUCCGCAUUUAGAUUUUCAUUUAGAUAGUUAAUUUUUGUGCCCUCGCCCGGACUUCACUUUCAUACCUAAAUCCAACACGGAUUUUGGCUUUCAAGCUCACUUUACAACAUUGAGGACGAUGUUGGUUUUAAGUGUGGGGGUGAGGGCUCGGGCGCCUAAAAAAAAAAAAUUAGAUUAGCUUUAUGUAAUUAUAUUUUAGUGGUUAAUGUCUUUUCCAACCCCAAUGACGAGAUAUGGACUUAACUUGUUAUGAUUGUGGAUAGAUUAAGCAUGAUCUAGGACUUUGAAUUUGUUUUGUGAUUAAGUGUAUAUGUGAUCUAUGCUUGAUUAUA